AGUGCACACUUCAAAGAUAACACGAGUGGUAGCAGCGACAUGCGACACGCCCUGUUCUCGGUCCGAGCGUGGUUCCGGUGUCAACACUCGCAUCGGGGGGCUCAAGCGUUGUGACGGAAUUUGAUGGCGCCAAGUUUUUAAAUUCAUAUGCACACACAAAACAUCGUGAUUCGCGUACGCAGAGUUUGAUAAACGCGAGCGACAGAUCUGCAACUGUGGAUGAAGAUGGCAGUGGCGCGGCGGGAGCGUUGAACGCGAGUUUUGAGAUAUCGCUGGUUACUUGCUGUGCAUCCCGACGAACAUGGCGGAGGCCGGAGCGGAUAAUGUUUCCGUUAACCGGGAGAAAAAGCAUCUGAAAUCGGUGUGUGUGUACGACUGUCGCCCUGGCAGCAGCGAGGCGGUGGCGCGAGCGAUAGACGUCGCGAGCCUGGACUACAAGGCAUUUCUUCAGGCGGUGAAGCGGGAGUUUUCACUUUCGGUAAACGAAACUUUCGUUAUCAGCACGACUGACCGGAGACCGAUCGAUGAAGAGCUUUACAUGGAGAUACAGGAUGGGAGGACCCUUCACCUGUUGGAGUCUGUGGACCAGGAGCUGUCAGUGGCCACUCAAGAGCGUAUUGAGUAUCUGCCCCACUAUCACACCCUGGUGCAAUGUGGCAUGUAUGAGUACUAUGCUAGUGAGGGACAGAAAGCAUUGCCCUACGCUUUUGCAGAACUCAUUGAUAACGCGUUGUCAGCCACAGCAAAAAACACUGGGAAAAGGUCUAUUGAAAUCCGAUUGAUGUUUGAUGAAGCUCAGGGUGGACCUGCUGUUGUGGUCAUGGAUAAUGGAUGUGGAAUGACAUCUAAACAGCUGAAUAACUGGGCUGUUUAUCGUCUGUCCAAGUUCAUACGAAACAACAGCACGUUUGAAGAUGAUCACAGCGGUUACGUUCGGCCCAGAGCGGUUCCACGCAGCCUGAACAGUGACAUAUCCUAUUUUGGAGUGGGUGGCAAACAGGCAGUGUUUUACAUUGGCCAGUGUGUCAGGAUGAUAAGUAAACCCACAGAUUCUCCAUACGUUCAUGAAUUUAUCAUGUCUAAAGAAGACUUUGAGCGCAAAGAGAAGAACAAAGAAGACAUUUACUCGGGCUUUAUCAGGAACAGAAAGCCUGGUGACUGCACUCAUCUGAAUGUAGGUGAGGAGCAGUUUCUACAGUCCAUUGUUCUUGAAGAAGAAAACAAGAAGAGUUUUACAGCCGUCGUCAUAACUGGAAUCCAACCUGAACACGUCACGUACCUCAAACAGCACUUUAGCCUGUGGACCCGAGUGUUGGCGCACACCUACCAUUACUAUAUACAUGGAAUUGAUGGAAACGACAAGAAAAGUCUUCGGCGCACUGACGACUUAAACAUUGACAUUCAGAUCAGUCUGUUUGAACGCUCCACACGGAUGCCACGUGUGAUGAAUCUGAGAGAGGUGGAUAAUGACAUGCAAACUCUCUAUGUGAACUCCAGCGUUUCAACGUUUGAGUUUAAAGCCACUGGCGCUGGAGACUCUUUAGUUGAGGGAAUAAUCCGGUUUCACCCGUUUCUCUAUGAUCAAGAGACUUAUCCAGUGGAUCCGUAUGCCACAUCAGCUCCAGAGGAUGAAGAUGAAGAAUGUGUGGUGUUGAAUCCUGAAGGUCGAGGGAAGAGACCGAUCUUUGAGUGCUUCUGGAAUGGCCGGCUUAUUCCCUACACUACUGUCUCAGAGUUUGAGUGGUGUGCAAGGCCGAAGAAAGCAGGUGCCGUGCCUUUGGAGUGUUAUAACCGAAUUUCAGGAGUUCUCUUCGCAAACGAUCGAUUUCAGGUCAGCACCAACAAACUGACCUUCAUGGACCUCGAACUUCAACUGCGUGACAAAGACACCAUUUUUACCAGAGUGAACAACGGUCAGGAGCAGCGAGUGAGGAUCCAAAGAGAGUUUAUCAACUGGUUAAAGGAUUGUCAUGAGCGCUUUGAUAAGCAAGUGAUGUUUCAAGGUUUUUUGGGUGUGACAACACGUACAGAUGUGACCACCAAGCGCAUGCAGUCUCCUUGGGCUCAAUUUAAAUCUAUCAAGUGGGACGGCAAGACUUAUGAGAAAGGACAAUUUGUAAAAUCUGUCAGAACUCAGCCUGUCAUGUUUGGAUCUAUAGUUCAGUUUCUGCUGUAUGGAGAUUACGAGGGAGAUGUUUACUCUACAGGUGGACACGUCCAGAUUUCUCUGGAACCAAAGGAGUUGUAUGGUGAAAAGAAGAUCAUUCCAAUCUGCAAGAUUGACCGACUGGCCACGCCUGCAGUCAUUAAGAAGAACAUUGAGGAUGAACUUGCCAAACUUCCGGAUCGGUUAAGGCUAACGUGGCCUGAGGAAAACCCAUGGGUUGACAAAGACGUGAGACCAGCAGGCACACCCAUGGGUCCCAUUAAAGUGGAGAUUUUGAACAAGAAGGGAGAGUCGAUGUCUCGGCUGCCGCUGGCCGUCAAUGCCAAGAAACUUUCGAUUCGCCUCAGAGUCAUCUGGCACUCUUCUAAAGGAGACGUACAGACAAACUCUCACAUCGCUGUAUAUUCAGCCAAGUGGGAGUACUGGUUUAAAACUAUGGGGAAUUUAAGUAAGCUGGGCAAGUACACGCUUAACCUGCAGACAGUGAUCAGCGACAGCUUGGCCGAUGAAUGGGCUGGAAAGAGAUUACCUCACCACAACCUCAAUUUCACUAUUAAAGAGGGUGAAGCUGUAGCUUUUGCAUUGGGUUUAAUUUCCUCUCCGGUCCAGAUUGGAGUGCCCUUCAGUAUUCCUCUGGAGUUUAAGGAUGAGUUUGAAAAUUCUGCCCGUCCACCUGCUGACAUUAAACCCCAGCUGGAGUGCAGUUCACCAGACUUGAAUUUUGAGGGGACGGCUUUUGGGAGCAUCAUCAAAGAUGUGAAGGCCAGAGGAAACAUAGGUCGACUGGGAAAGUUACAUACAGUGAAGGUUCAGAUCCCAGGGCUGAAGCCGAAUGUGCAGUCGUUUCAAAUCGCUGUGCAGCCUGGCCUUCCACACACACUUGUUGUCUUUCCUGAAGAUGAUGUGAUUUCUGUGGAGAACGGCACACCGGUAAACAUCAGAGUGGAAGUUCAUGACGAGUAUCACAACAUCACCACUCAUCCUAAACUCACAGUCCGAUGUCAGCUGCUGGGAGCUCCUGAUCUUUCUGUAGAUGUGGUGGACUGCAGUCUCUCAGGAUCUGGACUCUUGUUGGCCAAACCUCUUCAGCUGAAGACCGUACACACUCAACAAAACCUCACUGCCAAAUUCAGCAUUCCUAACCAUAAAACAGUGGCGUGUGUGGAACGACAGCUGUGUGUGUUGCCCAGCUCACGUGUGACCCGUCUGGAGGUCUACACACAGGAUGAGGGCUCUGAUGUCAUGGUGCUGCAGGAUACAGAGCGCAUUGAUUGGACCGCUGGAGAUACGCUUGGAAGUUUGUACUUUAGACUCUAUGAUGAAGGCGAUAGGCUGGUUUCCCUGCCGCCAAAACUUACCAGCAAGAUUAAGGUGAACUGGACAGCAGAGAUAAAUCCUGAAGAGCUGUCGAAAGGAAAACUGCCACCUCUGCUUGUUCCCACUCAAGCACAGCGAGAACAUUACUACAGCGUGUCUUUCCAUGACCAGCAGACAGUCAACACGUCCUUCAUCAUAAUGACUCGUCCAGACGAACCAGAAGAUCUUCGAGUGAAUCUCAGCGAUGUGAUUGUCCAAAUGGGUGAAACUCUGUCACGAGACAUUUAUGUGGACGUCAUCGAUCAGUUUGGGAAUAAAACAGACAGUCUGAGCGCUGAUAGCGUGAAGGGUUUGAAAGUGUCUGCAGAUGAUCUGGAUAAAAAGUCUCUUCUCAUAAAUUGGCAGGCCAGUACAGCACAGUUAUUGGUACGUGGUGUCCGGUUUGCAUCAGGACCUCCUGGACCAAGAGAGUUGUGCUUUAGGUACCAGAACAUGAAGAAAUUUGUGCGGAUCAAAGUCACUGCUGGACCUCCAUCGAAUCUCAUUCUGCUAAACAAACCAGAGUUGCCUCUGCAGGUGUUAAAUGGUCAGGGUUUGGACACGCCCUUCAUUCUUCAGUUGUGUGACGAAUGGGGAAAUCCAUCUCCAGAUCAGAGGAUCAACAUUAUGAUAAAGACUCUCUCCCCACAGCUGAAGAUCAAAUCAUCAGUGACGUCUCAGCCUGUAGAUGUUGAAGGAAAAGCCAGUUUCACAUUGGAAACUAUAAGUGGUCCAAAAGGGGAACAUCGGUUGGAAUUCCAAGGAUCAUUUAGCAGGAAGAGUAUUCCAGGGCCUGUAGUGAAACUGAAUGUGAUUCCUGAUCCCAACACACCUUUCACGCUUGAUGUUGAAUACAACAAAAGUGUCACAUUAUGUGCUGGAGAGAUCUUCCCAGUGUUUACAGUGGCCGUGUUGUCUGAGGAUGGCGGUCCGGUUAAGAAUAUCUGUCCGGCCAGUCUGUCAAUGUUGUUAUGGCAGGGCUCGGCAUCAGGAUCUCCCCCGUCUUCUGAAGCCUCCACUUUAAAGUGUAGUAAACGAGAAGACUCCGAAACUGACGGCUACUUCUGCUUCAGGGAUAAACAGAUUCCAGAGCUAGCAGGGAAAUAUGUUAUCCAGUUUGUAUUGGCUUGUGAAAAAAGCAAAUAUCUGUGGAGCCAGCAGAUUUCAGUAAAUGUUGUUCCCAAUAAACCUGUGAAAUUAGCCCCUGAGGCUCCGCCCCUAACUCCUGUUGUGUCCAAUGGUAAUACUCGAGGCAAUCGCACGCUGCUUGACAGCCUGUGUCUGAAGAUCAUGGACAUGUACAGUAACGCAGCCGGUGAGGGUUUGGAUGGACAGGUGUUUGUUACGGUUAUAGGCACAGGAGACGCAGAGCUUCCAUGUUUUGAGAAUGGAGAUAGAGGUGUCUCGUAUAGCCUCAUCAAUGGAGUGGCUCAUAUUACUGAUUUGGCUGUUUUGGAGGACAGUCCAGGUGUGGAUGGAGCUGAAUAUCAUCUUCACUUUAAUCCUAAGCUAAAGAUGUCCAGCGUUAACAUCACUUCAUACAGUCUCGCGUUUAGAUUCUGCAAUGAUGCAGAACAUCAGAAGGUCAUGUCAACUUUGAGUAAGAAGAAAGAUCGUCUUUCUCAAUCCGUUUUGAUGUACAGAGACAUCUUUGACACCAACGAGCAACUCAAGUCAGAACUCAAAUGUCAGGUGGAAGAUGCUGCUAACAAACUACGUGAACUGAAACCAAUCAUGAUUAAAAAUGAGUUUAACAUCUCAGAAUUAACCACAAUUAAAGCAGUAGAGAAUGCAAUAAAUGUGAAAAAAAAUAUUUUGACCAAGAUAGAGAAUCAACAUCGGCGGAAAUGCACCAUUUCUGAUCCUUUUAAAGGCAGCCCAGAUGUUUUGGGAAAGAUUGGUCAUCUAGCACAUGUUGAGGAUGAUGAUGUAGCGAAGGUCAUCUCCUGGCAUAUUUUGGGUGACAUGGACUGUGUGGUCACUGAAACUACAGAUGCUGCCAUGAAGAUUUAUAGUGAUACAAAUGGACGACAGCAGGUGAUUCCUCUGGAGACGGUCUUCUGGAAACCUAACAACAGACCGUUGCCUCACAUCAGGAAUGGUUCACCUCUUUUCCCGCCUCCUGGCAAUCCAGUGUUUGUCAAAGAUCUUCUCAUUUUUCCUCAGCAUGCGGAAAGUUGCAAUAAAGUGUUCACGAGUCUUCUUGGAGACACAAUCCUGGUGGACGAUUUAGAUUCUGCUAAUGAUUAUCGCAGGGGGGUGGUCCAGAAUAAGACGCAAUGUCCGACGAUCUUAACGCGUCAGGGGGAGAGGAUACGCAGCAAUGGGAAAUUCGGAGGUCUGCAGAACAAAGCGCCGUCUAUAGAGAAGCUCAGAGGACAAGUGUUUGGAGCACCAUUACCAAAAGAGCACAACAACACCCAAGCUCAGAUAGAGUUGUUACAGCAGUACUUGGUUGCGAUGCAGAAGUCUGCUAAAGUUCAGUCUGAAUAUAGCAGUCAUAUGCAGUAUCUGAAGAGUCCUGAGAUGGUACAGAAACAAAAAGAGCUUCAACUGCAGGAGGAGGAGUUGAGAGGAAUCGAGAAGACCCUUGCAAGCACUCCUCAGCGCACGCCUCGUCCUGCGACAGUCAAGCGGAGUCUAGAGACAGAAACACAAGAGCACUCCAUCCCGCCUAAAAGGUCUCGUCGAAAAACACGCAAACUUGAUUGCUGAUGUAAAUAUGGAGCUCUCACUGCUGAUAAACUUUCUCAAAUGAAGGAAACUUUGCUUUUUUUCUGAGUUUAUUUGGAGCGUCAGAAACGGACGCAUUGUUCCAGUUUUUGCAAAAAAAUGUUAUGCUAAGGGCAGCUACUGGACUGUGUAAUGUUUUGUAUCUGUCUUUAAAAUAAGAUAAAAAUGUUUUAUAUUUUAAAAUGAAGUGUUUCUUUACGUGGGUCUUGUUCUUGUCUUCCAACAAACAGACUUUCAGUUAGUGAUAUAAAACAAAGCCUGGGGUUACAAUAAUCUAACCAGUAAUUGUUUUAUGGCAGUAGGCCGUAUGAUGUCAUAGAGGAGGGGGGUAGCCAUCAAUUACCACCCAUUAAAGAAAAUUACUGUCUUA